GCAUAACUCCCUCCAUCUCAGUUGUGGAUUAAAAGGCGCUGGGAAGCAGAGCAGGCUGUUGGCGAAAUCAGACUCAAACAGGCUGAGCUGUGAGUGAGCAGUGAUUCCCGGCAGCAGACAAACCUCACAGACUUCCACAUGGACUCCAACGGUACCAGCAGCGUUCAGUUUGAUCGCUGGAAUGAGGACAACAUCAACAUGAAUGUGGAGGCGUCACAGUCGACCAUGAUGAGGAUCUACAACAGAGUGUGCACUGGCAACACUGGGAAAGUCGUGAAGAUAGUGGGAGCUUUGGCUGCCCUGGUGCUCAUUUACAUCAUAGGAUACGUGACAGGAUACCAUGUCCACAAAUGCUGAUGUGGAGCCCAAAGACGAGAAAAAAGAGCUGCAAGAUUAUCAAACACAAGAACCAUGUAUGUGUAAAGUCAGCUUUGGUUGUGAUUUUGUAUUUUCUACAAACAUUGUUUCAAAUUUUGUAAAAAUAUCAAAAUAAGUUAAUGUAAAAGUUUGUAAAUGUUGAUUUGUAAA